UUCUCUCACCCUUCCGCAGGUUCCCGCUCCGAGCUCGUCGCCCGUUGCUCGCUGCUGCCUCUCAGGAGACGCUCUUCUGUGACACAUACUUUCCUCCUCCAACUCUUUCACUUUGUCAGUGCUAAACUCCCACAGAUAAAAAGUUAGAGUCCACUCUCACACAUCAAAGCCCCUCAGAUCGCCCCUUGCAGUCCCAGAGCACAAACCUCGCCCAGAGUCAAACCCGUAGCCCAAUAGCCUCCCCGAACCCCCUUCGGAAAGCCCAACACUCGAGCCCCCCCCCGCCCCCUUCACACAACACCUAAAAUGGAGCCGUUCUCGGAAGAGCUUCUUCCCUUCGCCAUCGCGGGCUUUUUCAUAGCCUUCGUGCUGGCCUUCGGCGUGGGAGCCAAUGACGUGGCCAACUCCUUCGGGACUUCGGUGGGCUCCGGAGUCCUUACCCUCCGAAAGGCCUGUCUGCUGGCCACUGUGUUCGAAGUGCUCGGAGCCAUCCUCAUAGGAUAUAAAGUGUCGGACACGGUACGGAAAGGAAUCUUGGAUGUUUCUCUCUACAACAACACCGAGAAGGAGCUCAUGCUGGGGUCCCUGGCUGCCCUUGGUGGCAGCGCCAUCUGGAACCUCGUGGCCACCUUCUUCAAGCUCCCCAUCUCCGGCACCCACACCAUCGUCGGCGCGACGGUCGGCUUCUCUCUCUGUGCCCGCGGCUUCGACGGCGUCAACUGGACCACCUUCGGAAAGAUCGUUGGAUCAUGGUUCAUUUCUCCUGUUCUCUCCGGCAUCAUGUCCGGCGUCAUCUACCUCCUCCUCAACCACUUCAUCCUGAAGAAGGAGAAGCCCCUGGAACCCGGUCUCAAGGCUCUCCCCUUCAUCUACGGCCUCACCCUUCUCGUCAACGUGUUCUCCGUCGUCCAUGAUGGCCCCAGGAUGCUGCACUUCGAUGUGAUUCCCUGGUGGGGCGCCGUCAUCACCUCCCUGGGCGUUGGAUUCCUCACAGCUCUCUUCGUCCAGUGCAUCAUCGUCCCACGCCAGAGGAAGGCCAUUGAAUCUGAUCUGGCCAAGGCUGCCUGCAAGCAAGACCACGAAGUCAAGUUCACCUUCGAAUCCGCAGACAGCCUAGAAAUGGCCGAACUGUUGUAUCAUGAAGAUAACAGCCGCUCCCCCACACCGCCCGGCCAGGAGCUGUCCGUGAUUGAGAAGGGCGUCUCCCCCACCACGUACACCUUCAACAACAGCGCCACCGAGACCAACGGCUACAUCCCCGCCGAGACCAAGGGCAACCUGCUGGGCAACGGCCUCAACAACACCUGCCCUUCGUCUCAGUCUCUUGGCAUCACCCACAACAGCAGUCAGGUUCCUCUCGUCAAUGCCAACCAAGUCAAGAUCGUCUCCAUGGACGAACUCACUGACAAGAAGGAGGCUGAGACUGACAGGCCCGAGGUGAAGCGCCUCUUCUCGUUCCUGCAGAUCCUCACGGCCACCUUCGGCUCCUUCGCCCACGGCGGCAACGACGUCAGCAACGCCAUCGGGCCUCUCAUCGCUCUGUGGGCCAUCUACACCGAGGGCUCCGUGGCCCAGCGCUCCCCCACCCCCAUCUACAUCCUCUUGUAUGGCGGCAUUGGCAUCUCUGUGGGUCUGUGGGUGUGGGGUCGCCGUGUGAUCCAGACCAUCGGCGAGGACCUGACCAAGGUGACUGCCUCCUCCGGAUUCACCAUUGAGAUCGGCUCUGCCUUCACCGUCUUGCUGGCCUCCAAGGCUGGCCUCCCCAUCUCCACCACGCACUGCAAGGUUGGCUCCGUCGUCUUCGUGGGCUGGGCCAAGUCCAGCCGGCAGGGUGUCGACUGGGGACUCUUCAGGAACAUUGUGAUCGCCUGGGUUGUGACCGUACCUCUAACGGCCGGUAUAUCUGCUCUACUCAUGUUGAUUCUGCAGAUCGCCUUCUUGUAAACAACUCUCAGUUGCUGUGAUACUCCCCACGGGGGAAGGGGAGAGAGGGAGAGCAGACAUCACCCCUCACGCAUCACCAAAGCCCCCGCCAUCACCUCCACGAUCUCUUACGACUGCUUCCUCCAAAGCUCAUGUCGUGACAUCGAACUUUGGGACGCCCUUGCACUGGACGCCAGUGACGCCAGGUCACUGAAGGGAUCACCCAGUGCAGGUCGAUCCCUCUUCAUCAUUACACAACACACCAGUAUUAAAUAUCUUCCAUUAUUACCCCGCGAGUCAUUCACUUCGGGUACGAACUGUGAGGAGUCGCCAGUCCAGCACUGCGGGCGCGGGCAAUGGGGGAGAGAUUAGCGUCCCUCCUUGAUUGCCCUCCUAGCGACCCUGCACACGCUUCCCUGCACAUCACCAUCGUUACCAAACAUCUCUGACUGUUGCUGCCUGAAUUCUGUCUCUGAAACCUCUUGUCCACGCACGGAAGCAGUAUGACCCCAGAGCUUGAAGCCCGUUACACCCGCUUUGUGUCGAUUGUAACUAUAGUAUAUCUUUAACUUCGUGGAAAUAUUCAGCAAUCCAUUCGUGCACUUUACUCCUAUUCCAGUUGUUAACAUGCACUGAAUAUUAAUGUCGUCUAGGUAGAGACUCGUAAACUUUCUAUGUAUAUAGAUGUCCACAUACGCACUGAUUGUGCAGAAGUCAUGGCCGAAGUGCAGCUGCUAUUCCGAGGAUGUCGUCGUACGGUUUUUCCAGCCCCGCUCUUGCAGUGAGCGACGUGCCAAGAUGUCACCGAGGCACACUGUUGCCAGCCCAAGCAAGCAACGUAGGGAAGGUGAGAGCCAAAGGCAGAGCAGGUUUCUAGAAGUGUGGUGUAGUCGACGCCUCCGACAGAGCAAUCUGGUGUGGAUGAAGCCAAUAGAUUUGUUUUCUAAAAGUGAACCAGUCGUAUUUCGCGACUGCUCCUCACACCUGGCCUUAUUGCUGUGUGAUCAGAUACUAAUUUUUGACAAUCAAUUCUCGUUUUAAUGCAUCAAGUAAGAUCAGUUUCUUACCAUACUUUUAAGCUUAUCGUUGGCAUUCAUUUAGGUCACCGGAGGCUACGAAUUCUGGAGGAACUAGCUCGACUCGACUCAUCCCCACCCCCCUCAUCCACAUCCAGGAGGGGUCCAUCAUUUCUCAUCCAAAUCUAUUCAUCCAUGGAUUGCAAACCCCAGCAAAACAUGUUCACAUUUAUAUCAUUCUUAUUUACCAUAAAUUGCGGUUUUUCGGACUCAGAGGAAGUCGCGUAGGCCGCUAUAUUAUUAUUUUCAUUAUAAGGACAUUGAAGCACAUUUAUAUUUUGUAGGAACAGCGUGAGUGGAAGUGUGGUGAAUACGAGCAUUAGGGAAUGUCUAGGUUAAUAUUAAUUUUUUUAUAAAGUCAACUUCAUGGGAGAAAGAUUUCCGGAGACUUCUUUGGAAGAAAAUACUGCAUAAAAACAUCUCUCCUCUCUUUGGAAAGUGUUUUUUAAAAAGAGGAUGCUUGAAAUCUUUUGCUGAGUUCAUAUUUUCUUAAGAACACGUUAUUUUUGUAUCAUUAUAGUCAUUUCUAAAGCGUUUAGAGUGUAUUUAAGAAAAUGAUUAGGAGAUGAAACGAGAGAAACCUGAUUGAUCAUUAUGAUAGGAGGAUAAAACAGUCAUUUUUGGGUCAGUUGUAGGUUUAAUCGCUCUUUCUUUCACAGAUUGUUGAAUUUUGAUAUGAUACUCUUGUUGACUGUUUUGUUCACAUGUGUGUCAUGGAAAUGAGAGGAGAGUGAUAGAACAAAAUGUAAUCUGUAAUUAUAUAUAUAUAUAUAUAUAUAUAUAUAUAUAUAUAUAUAUAUAUAUAUAUAUAUAUAUAUAUAUAUAAUAUGUGUUUGUGUGUGUGUAUGUAUACACACAGUUACGCCAGUGAACUUGAUUCGCAAGUGAGUGAGUGUUUUCCCUUGUAUCUUGAGAAUAUUUUGGACUCGCGAGAAGUCUCCGCUCGCGCACGGCGGUGCUGCUCAGAUCCCUGCGAAGUCAGGACAGGUCAGGGAGGGAGUCAAGGGGGUAGGGAGAGCAGGGAUUAGGAUAGGGGGAUUCUUUUGAUAAACUAUGGAUUAAGGGAGGGAUUUUUUCAUGCCACAAACUAGUCGUGUUUUUUCUUCAGAAGGGCAGGGGAAUGUAGGCUUACUGGAACUGCUAUUUUUCAUUAAUUUUAUAUUUUGUAUAUUUUCGAUGAUUGAAUCUGCUUUCAGUUAAUUUUCUGUGUGGAAGGAAGGAGAAACAAGAAAAGGGAUAAUUAUCAAGGACUUUUGCAAGGAAAAGAGAUAUUGGCCGUCUUGCAUCACAUUUGAAAGCUUUCCACUUGGCCGCCGGUCCACGUGAUUAGUAUUUAUCUUGUUCCGAUAUUUCAGUUCCUAACAUCUGCAUGUAUAUGUAUGUAUAUGCAUACAUACAUGUGUAUUUAUAUACAUAUAAGUACAUAUAUAUGUUUAUAUGUAUAUGUAUGUAUGUGUGUAUAUAAAUAUAUAUAUAUAUAUAUAUAUAUAUAUAUAUAUAUAUAUAUAUAUAUAUAUAUAUAUAUAUAUAUGUACAUAUAUACAUAUGUGUGUGAAAUAAGUAUAUACACUUGCAAUAUGUAUGCAAGUUAAAGAAAGUUUGUAAGGCAAAGUGAUUGCUUUCGAGACGGCAAUAUUUAAUUUAUAUCACAGAUAGGCAGGUGCCAGUGCGGUAUUUAUCAGACUCUGUAUCCAUAUAGUUUAAAUUCUUUUUUAAUGUAAAGUCAUUCUGAUUCACUAUGGAAUGAAUGGUAAUGCUUGUUAUUUAUUUUUUACUUAUUGUGCUCUUUCAUGCUAUUUUUAUAUAGAUUUGUGGCAUACAAGAGAAGGGCGCUGAUGUGUCCAACGAUGUAUCAGUCCAUAUUUAUAACUUUGGUAGAAUUUGUAUAUUUCAGUAUUUCUAGUUUAUAUAUUAUAUUGUCCUACAAUUUUUAUUUUGUUCAGUUGAUUAUACUGACUCCUUAAGAUAUAUGAAUGACUGAACUGUACUAUAUUGUAAACUCUCUCUGCGCAGAAUCAUGUAAUAUUCCUUAAUCUCAUUUAUUUACUGAUGUAAUCUGUAAGUCUGAAAUGAAGUUUUUACUUACCUUGACAUUUUUCUUUAAACCAAACAAAAGCAAUAAAUUUGUUCAUCCAAGACUUACAGGUUGCAAAGAUAGAUUUUAAGUUGAACUGCAUAUCAUUUCAUCUUUUUGUGAUUUUUUUCUCUUCAAGAACCUUUUCCAUUGUCGUCAAAAAGAUGGCCUCUUGUCACGGGCCUCCAAAGCAUUUUUUUAUCACUUAUUUUAUAUACAGUUAACCCAAGUCAGAGCAUGAUGUACUGUGACAACAUCAUUUCAAGAGUUCUGUCUUCAGGGCACAUAAUAAUAGUGAAUAAUAAUGUGAAUUAUGUACAUUUUGUCAGUCUGGAAAAAUAUGGAAAACAAAUAAAGUAUAUAAUUAAUUGUCAAGGAAAAUUUUUUGAUCAUUUCUUUUUUGAGGAUCAGUAUUUGCUAAGAACCCACAGCAACAUUUGUACAGAAUGAAAUAAAAAUAUUUUGUUUUUA